CUACAGAUUCCAUCGGAAUGUCGCCGAUCGAAGACGCGUCUACUUCUCUGUUCUGGUUGGGAAUGUUGUGUAUCACAAAGGUACAUGGAAUUAAUUAGUACAAGUCCACAACCUUUAUUCUUCGGAAUCCUCAGGAUUUUUUAAAGUAAUUAAUAUCCGUUCAAUUGGAAUUCAUGACGGUCACCAUGAUUAUACAACUUGUGGUGUUUUGCCUCUGUCUGGCAAUCCUCCCUUCUUGCGUCUCCUAUGCUAGCCAGGACAAGUGGGACAAGUACUUGCAUCGCAUUGACAUCGCCAAUGCCAGUUACACGGGAUGCGGCAGCAGUGAUGAGGCAAGCAGUUGCUAUGCCGACGUAAUAGCUGAUGAUCUGUCUGCCUGGCGUUCGCGCGGCAUUGGCAAGGCCGAUAUUGAACGCGCCGGCGCUACGUUGGCCACGCGCUACCAGGUUCUCAAUCACAAGCUGUACCGCAAUCCAAGAUGUGUUUUCCCUGCCAGAUGUGAAGGUGUGGAGCACUUUCUUCUAUCCAUACUGAAAGACCUGCCCGACAUGGAUAUCAUGAUCAAUGUCUACGACCACCCACAGGUCCCGAAGUAUUCACAGCCUUCGCCUGUUUUCAGCUUCAGCCGUGACUCGCACUUCUCCGAUAUCAUGUACCCAGCCUGGACAUUCUGGUCUGGUGGUCCUGCUGUGUGGCCUCUAUACCCCACAGGGCUGGGUCGAUGGGAUCUGCAGCGCGACAUCAUCACCAAGAAAGCGGAUGCUACGCCGUGGAGUGAGAAAGAGUCGAAGGCCUUUUUCCGUGGAUCAAGGACAAGUUCUGAGCGAGACCCAUUGAUCCUCUAUUCUCGGAAGCAUCCAGAAUUUGCUGCCGCAGCGUACACGAAAAACCAAGCGUAUCGCUCUAAAAAGGACACACUGGGAGAGGAACCCGCCGAAGGGGUACCACUGGAAGACCAUUGCAAAUACAAAUACUUGUUCAACUUCCGCGGUGUGGCGGCUAGUUUCCGCUUCAAGCAUCUGUUCAUGUGUCGUUCCCUGGUGUUCCAAGUCGGCGAGGAGUGGCUGGAGUUUUUCUACCCAGCCCUCAAGCCGUGGGUUCACUACAUCCCGCUGGACACGGAUUUGAAAGACUUUGAUGAGGUUCUUCAGUUUGUACGGGAGCACGAUGACGUAGCUCAGCAGAUUGCAGAACGUGGCUACGACUUCAUCUGGAAUAAUCUGCAGCUGUCGGACGUGCAGGCAUAUUGGCUACAGCUGUUGACUGACUAUGCUGCUCUCCUUCAGUACAAGCCACAGCUGGCAGAGGACAUGAUUGAGAUCAGUCCUUGACAAAUCACCGACCAGCAAGCAUCUCACCCAUCUACGGUAUGGUGGCAGUCAACGAAUCUACCGUCCGGUAUCCAUGAUGGGGUGCUAGUCUAACAGUUCGCGUACUGAUUCUCAUCACCUGCGACUAUAAUAGCAGGAGCCUCUGUCUGGACAACGGCGAGGUGAAGCAAAUACGGACCAAUCCCCUAUGCUGGUGGCCACCUGUUUGCCGAGUUAUGUAGUUGAGUUAGUUGGUCAGUUACAUAGUAGUGCUGGCAGCACUGUGUUCCUUCUCUGGCUUACAAGCUGUCGCUGGCUUUCAACAACACAGCGUUGUUCACGCUGUGGCUGUAUGCGAUUGGCACUGACCAGCUAUGUGCUUUGUCGGUCUUCUGUCCGUGGCGGAGCAUCUGCGGCAUUCUUGAAAGAAUACAUCCAUGCCGGUGUUGCCUUCAUGCCCGUAUGCCCACCUCACAGUUGUGUGCUAUCCUACCGCAUUGCCCGGAGCAUGGUGAAACGCGGCAGCACACAGGUGCAGUGUUUACAGCUGCAGUUUAUAGCGACUAGUCAUUUUCAAACAUUAGAUUAUUUUGUUAACCUUCUCCGUGCUGCUAUCUUUUACUCAGCAUUCUACCGACUGUUUUUUUACUGUGUAGAAACUGCACAUUAAUGUACAGUCAAACCCAUUCAGGACCCAACACCAAGGUAUCGAUGGUAUUUGUUCGCAAUAACAGGAGUUCUUCUUAUCCAUAUGACUGUUAUUCCCAGUGCAUACACAGUUUUUAUAUCCCAUAACACAAUGAAUACUAGUUUUUCAGCUUUAUGCAUAUAUUCUAAAAGAAAAGUUUGUGCAGUACAGGGUAGUAGUCUAGAGUUCAAUCUGUUUAGUAACUCUCUUUUAUAAUACAUAAUAAUAACAUCACA